GCAUCUUCCAGGCACUCAGAAGCUGCCGCCCAGCCAUGGAAGGGGAGGAGCAGCCACCUCAGGAGGCUGACAUGGAAACCAUCAUGACGUCAGGGGCCUCAGAGUCGGUGCCCAGGGUGCUUUCUGGAGAAGCCCAGAACCUGUCUGACGUGGACGCCUUCAGCCUACUCCUGGAGAUGAAGCUGAAGCGACGGCGUGAGCAGCCCAACCUGCCACGCACGGUGACCCAGCUUGUGGCUGAGGACGGGAGCAGAGUGUAUGUGGUGGGCACUGCCCACUUCAGUGACGACAGCAAGCGGGAUGUGGUGAAGACCAUCCGUGAGGUACAGCCCGACGUGGUAGUCGUGGAGCUCUGCCAGUACCGAGUGUCCAUGCUGAAGAUGGACGAGAGGACACUGCUGCGUGAGGCCAAGGAGGUCAGCCUGGAGAAGCUGCAGCAGGCUGUGCGGCAGAAUGGGCUCAUGUCUGGGCUCAUGCAGAUGCUGCUCUUGAAGGUGUCAGCCCACAUCACCGAGCAACUGGGCAUGGCCCCUGGUGGCGAGUUCAGAGAGGCCUUCAAGGAGGCCAGCAAGGUGCCUUUCUGCAAGUUCCACCUGGGCGACCGCCCCAUCCCUGUUACCUUCAAGAGGGCCAUUGCCGCACUGUCCUUCUGGCAGAAGGUCAAGCUGGCCUGGGGCCUGUGCUUCCUGUCAGACCCCAUCAGCAGCAAAGACGACGUGGAGCGCUGCAAGCAGAAGGACCUGCUGGAGCAGAUGAUGGCCGAGAUGAUCGGCGAGUUCCCUGACCUGCACCGCACCAUCGUGUCCGAGCGCGACAUCUACCUGACCUACAUGCUGCGGCAGGCUGCACAGCGCCUCGAGCUGCCCCGAGCCUCGGAGGCCGAGCCCAGGAAGUGCGUGCCCUCCGUGGUCGUGGGCGUGGUGGGCAUGGGCCAUGUGCCCGGCAUCGAGAAGAACUGGAGCACAGACCUCAACAUCCAGGAGAUCAUGACUGUCCCCCCGCCGUCCAUCACGGGCCGAGUUUCCCGCCUGGCCGUGAAGGCCUCCUUCUUCGGGCUGCUGGGCUACAGCCUGUACUGGAUGGGCCGCCGCAUCGUAAGCCUUCUGCUGUCACUGCCUGUGGCACAGUCCUGCCUGCAGAAGGCGUCUGCAGCCCGGCCGGGCCCAUAGAAGGCCUCGCCCAGGGGUGCCGUGCAGGGCAGCUGCGCCCCCCACCCCCACCCCCUGCUGCAGCCGGGGGCUCCUGAGGAGCCGGCACCACCCAGGAACCUUCCUGGGAGCAUCCAAGCACCCCCCAUGGGGGCCCAGGUCAAGCCUCGCCUGCCCACCCCCAGCCCACCCCAAUAAAGGAUUAUUUAACUGUCUGGGCUCAGGCUCCCCCGCAGCCCCACUUGUGUGCACCUCAGGGGCCUCAGGGUGCAGUGCGGGCCUGGCCACCACAUGGCGGGCUGGGAGGGGCUCCGGCACACGCUGGCCCUGCCCACAGCAGGGCCGGGCCCUGGCUGCACCCUACCUCACUGUGCCUUGUGCGCCGAGCAUCUGGUUCCCAGGGCCCCACUGGGCGCACGCUCGGGGCACACAGCUCUCCACUGCGGGCUGGGGAGCUGUGGCCACCCUGGACCAGCCUGUAGCGCACCUGCUGCGUCUCCGCCUGCAGAGAUUCUGUGUUUUGGGCUUUUUUAAUGUCUGAAAAUUUUUUACUCAGGUAAUUUUAACUUUAAAGAGAAAAGCAAACUGGAGCAAAUGUCAGGAAAUACAAGCCUUAAGUCCAGUGAGACAGGAGCCUUGUGUUCGUCUCUGUCCUGAGUGGGUGCAUGUGCCGCCCAGGGCUAUGGGCCCAGGCGGCCCAACAGAACGCCGCCUCCCUCAGGACCCUGGUGGCCUGUGCCCAGCACUCUGUCCCAGCCAUGUGUCGAGGUCCCACCAUGUCUAGUUGUCCCUGUGCUGACUGUCAAUCCAAUCAGGGACGCCCUGCAGAACUGGGCCGGGCUGCCAAGCCGCUGGGCAGCUCUGUCUCGUACUUGUGGACUUAUUCUUUAGAAAUGAAAAUAAAUUCUAAUUUUGGAA